UCCCCUUCAUUUCGCCGUACUGUCUCCCUCUACAACCAAAAAGAUGGCGGAAGCACCUCCAUGGCCCAGACAGUUUUUCUGUCACAGAUGUUCGGAAGAGAUCAGCCCUCGCCUCCCGGAUUACACAUGUCCACGGUGUGAAUCUGGCUUCAUCGAGGAACUGCUGGAGGAAAGAAGCAGUGAAAAUGGGUCCACAUCCACCAUCUCCAGCGGUGAUCAGAACCAACAGUCGUUUGAGAAUGUGGACUCUUCACACAUGGCUACAUUCCCAUCGGGUUACGGACAGUUUGCUCUGGGAGUCUUUGACGACUCCUUUGAUUUUGGAGCGGGGCAGGGAACAGAGGACAACCGCGACACAGAGAAUCGGCGAGAACAGGAGUUGGCAUCACGGCAGCGUUACGGCGCCAGGCAACCUCGCGGCCGCCAUGACAUCCGUGGACAGGCAGGGAGACAUGAAGGAGUGCCCACUCUAGAGGGAAUCAUUCAGCAGCUAGUGAAUGGAAUAAUCGCCCCUACGGCAAUGCCAAAUAUUGGUGUGGGACCCUGGGGCGUGCUCCACUCAAACCCCAUGGAUUAUGCCUGGGGUGCCAACGGACUAGAUGCAAUCAUUACACAGUUAUUAAAUCAAUUUGAGAACACUGGCCCGCCGCCAGCUGACAGGGACAAAAUCAAGAGCCUUCCCACAAUCCCAAUCACACAGGAGCAUGUUGUCUCAGGUCUAGAAUGUCCAGUGUGUAAAGAAGACUACAGUGCUGGAGAAAAUGUUAGGCAACUUCCGUGUAAUCAUUUGUUUCAUAAUGAUUGCAUAAUACCUUGGCUUGAACAGCACGACACAUGUCCAGUGUGCAGGAAAAGCUUGAGUGGACAGAACACCGCUAUGAAUCCUCCAGGUCUAUCAGGGAUGAACUUUGCCUCUGCCUCAUCCCCUACACCCCCGUCCUCCACUUCAACCAACAACGAGAACUCAGCCAACAACUGCUAAAAAAACAUUCCCCACCUCACACCACCCUGUGAACUGCCCUGAGUGGGUGCCAGUCUCUGGCUGUAGAGGGGAACUAAGAGCACACACCCAGUCUCAUUCUCACUUGGAGCGCUGUCUCACACUGGACUGGAGCCAGCAGGAAUCCAAUCAAAUGAAAGUCAAUGUGUUUCUUCCCCAUCUGAGGCUCUCCUCAAGCCUUCAGGAAUGGUGCGCCUUGCCGGGUGGAAGGCUGACCCCCUACCUGGGGAGGAUAGGAACAUUAGGGGGGGUCACUCUGGAUAACCUCAUCAUGCAACAACAGAUCAAGCCAGUUAGUCCUGCAUUCUGAGGGCAGACAAGGGUGGGGAGGUUUUUCUGGUCUCUUACCAAGACAGAGUUGUUUUACAACGAGAGGUAUAUUAAUUUUAAUACUUUGGAUGCACAGCAAUUUGUGAAAAAGGAUAAAUAUAUUGCAUUCACUUUUUUAAAGUAGCAUCCAUAGCUGUACAGUUGUAGGCCUCAAAAUGGAACCUUCAGAAGUGGAGGAGGAGAAAGGAGGCUAAGUAUAGGAUGUCUACUUGGUUUGGAUUCUGCAUCUUGUUUCCAAUCUUAUCAAAUUUUAAGUUCGUUUUUUUUAAACAAAAGUACGUAUGAAUUUAUCAUUCAUACAAAAAAAAAAAAAAAAAUUCAAACAAUAACAACCCUACAUAAACAAAAGACCAAUAAACUGAUGCACACAAAUUUCAACCAACAUCGAUAUUACUACACCUGCUCAGACCCGCCUGUUCCCACCGCAACCAUACACAUCACGUAUGUCUCAACCAUACACAUCACGUAUGUCUCAACCAUACACAUCACGUAUGUCUCAACCAUACACAUCACGUAUGUCUCAACCAUACACAUCACGUAUGUCUCAACCAUACACAUCACGUAUGUCUCAACUACACUCCCCCUUCAUCCCCUGGAACUUUCCAGUGCUUGUCGCACUAUGCCACAUGGUCUCAAAUUGCACUGUUCUGAUUCUUUGUAGCCCACACCUUUAAAAUAUUUAAAUAAUUUGAUUCAUCCACUGUCGUAGUGAUGGAGGAUAAUUUUAUUUCCAGUUUGAGUAUAAGUAUGGUCCACCUGAUUGGGUAUCUCAGUUUCUUAUUGACUUAAGUUGCACUGAUGCCAUUGAUUUUGCUCUUUCAAUUAAGAAACAAACUACAUUUGGCUUGGGGUUUUUUGGAAAAUGUAUUUGGAUGCUGUCAAAUGUUAGUGAAUUCCUCUUAACUAUCGAGGGAAAAUCCAUUGUAGUUAACCUUCUAGACACAUUCUAACUCAGCCUUUUCUUAUUCAAUCAUACAUAAUCAGUGCGUUUCAGUGGAUUUUUGUUUAUACAUUAAGUUUAAUGUAAAAAAUUCACAAAAUACAAUUUUAAGUGAAAUAUUGAUUUGCAGAUGAUGUAAACCCCUGAACAAAACAAUCGAUUUGAAAAUAAAGAUGUUUUGGGUGCUACCGCUCAAUAUUCAAGUGAA